AUGGGCUGUGGCGAUAGCAAACACAAAGCGUUGGACGAGUCCAACAGAUCACGUCUCCAACGAGGCAUGCUUACUGAAGUGGUGAGUGUUCACAGAGACGGAAAGGAAGUCUACAACAGGGACACCGCACCACGAAAGAUGUACCAGCAUCCUUCGUUCGCAGACGAAUUACCACCUGUCUCAAGACGAAAUGUCGGCAAGCCGACAACACCAACAAAGGACAUGAGAUAUCUACGAGCACAACUGGUUAAAGGAACCAACGAAGUUCAAAGACGCCAGGGUUGGUAA